AUGAGAUUCCUUUGCUUGCCCGGCGCCUAUGGAAGCGCCAAGAACUUCAGUGUCCAGCUCGGACCCUUCGCCAAGUACAUGGAAGAGCGGGGGCUAGCAACAUUUACCUUCACCCAAGGCGAGCAUGAAGUCGAUCCUCCCAUUGGGUGGGAACAUUAUUUCGGAGCCCGCCCUUUAUACCGGUUCUUAGACGCAAAAGAGGGUGAUGCUUUCGAGACUCUUCGCAGGGUGCGCCAUCUUCCUCGCGGACUGACACCUGAGGCCACUUUGCGACUCUUCAAGGACAACGACUUGUCCGGUUUCCCCCCGGAUCGCCUCACGACUGCGAUAAACUGCGUCUCGCAGGCCAUUGACGAAGACCCGGAAAUUGAUGCGUUGAUCGGGUACUCAGAAGGCGCCAUGCUUGCGGCGUCUCUGCUAUACCAGGAGAACAAGAACUGGGAAGAGAAGGGUAUUCCCCGUCGCAUCAAGUUCGCUAUUUUCUUUUCGGGCGCGCCGCCGUUGGUGCCCAAUGGCGAGGGUGUGGCAUCUCAGUUGGCGGACGAAGUGGGAACCGUCAUUGACAUUCCGACCUAUCAUGUCUUUGGCUCAAACGACCCCUUGGUUUACUCGUCGGUAGCGUUGUACAAUGUCUGCAACCAGGAUGCGGCCGGAUUGUAUGACCACGGGCUGGGUCACUUGGUGCCGCGCGAUUCGGAGAACGUCAAGCAGCUGGGAGAACUUCUCCACGACACCAUUGUUACGAUCAAUAAGAAAUCAACAGCUGGCACGGACACGCCUUACAGUCUUACUAGUUCCCAAAAACGCGGUGCCGGAAGGUGGAUAAGACACGGAGAUGGACUCGGUGGCUUCGGUGGCUAA